AUGUCAUUCCCUGGAGAUUUUGUUCCGAUUUCGGAAAAGUUUGUGAAAGCGGGUUUAGAGCCCGAAUACAUCGCGUUUUCUGACAAGUUCAAUCUCGCAUCAUUCACUUCCCAAGAUAUUCCUCUCGACUAUUUCAGAGAGGACCCCACCCGUGUCAUAAUCUUUGAGGGUAAAGAGAAAGUUGAGUUUGAUGGCACGGUGAAAGACAUCAGGGUUGCCGUUGAUGAUGGAGAGAUAACAGUAAGGUGCUACAUUCCGAAGAACGCAAUGAACGAACCAGAGCCAAGACCAGCGUAUAUAGACUUCCAUGGCGGAGGUUACGUUCUUGGCUGUCUUGAAAAUGACGACAACUACUGCAAGCGUGUCUGCAAUGAAACAGGUGCUGUAUCGUUUAAUGUUGAUUAUAGGCUAGCACCUGAGUUUCCUUUUCCAGCCGGUAUUGAAGACUCGUGGGCCGCCGUCAAGUACAUCAUCGAUCAUGCUGAAGAACUAAAAGUCGACAAAUCUAAAAUCGCCAUAGGUGGGUAUUCAGCAGGUGCAGUAUUUACUGGAGUGAUGUGCCACAGAGCGAGAGAUGCAGGUAUAAAAAUUUGUCUUCAAGUGUUAGGCGUGCCAUGCUGUGAUACCAGGUCCAUCACUCCUGAUGGGACUAGAGUUGAACCAGAUUGUCCAUAUCAAAGCUGGAAAGACAACCGUGAUAAUCCCGACUUAUCAUUCCGGAUGAUAUCAUGGUUUCAGUCCCAAUACCUGGGAAAUCCCAGACCUGCUGAGUUUGAUAACAACCCAGAGGUGAACAUGAUCCUAUACUCGAACUUCAAAGAUAUAGCUCCUGCAAUCGUUAUUACAGCUCAGUUUGACGUUUUUCGGGAUGAAGGUGAACUAUAUGCUCAUAAGCUUCAGGAAAAUGGUGUUGACUGCACACUUGUAAGAAUGCCAGGUGCCGUUCAUUCACAUAUGGAAUUUGACGGAGUUCUUGGAAGCGGCAAGAAGUAUAAUGAGCUCUCCAUUGGGGCCAUGAAGGCAGCAUUCAGGAAAGCUGGAUAUGCAAUAUGCUGA